GUAGCUUACAAAAACAAGAAAAAGCAAAACAGGUAUAAGAGGACAGAAGAUGGUAAACUUCUAAUUACUAUCUUUGAUAAUGAGCCACCAUUCAUGCUGCAACAAGCAGAAAGUCAGGAGAGGACUAUGGUCGCCAGAAGAGGAUGAAAAGCUCAUAAAAUACAUCUCAACUUACGGCCAUGGCUGCUGGAGCUCUGUGCCAAGACGCGCAGGAUUGCAAAGAUGCGGCAAGAGUUGUAGACUAAGGUGGAUCAAUUACCUAAGGCCAGACCUAAAAAGAGGAAGCUUCUCUCCUUAUGAAGAAAAGCUUAUCAUUGAACUUCACAGCAUUUUGGGAAACAGAUGGGCACAGAUAGCUAAACAUCUAACAGGAAGAACGGACAAUGAAGUGAAGAACUUUUGGAACUCCACAAUUAAAAAGAAGCUCAUCUCUCAAGCAGUGGAAGGUCUCUCUCUUCCUAAUCUCUCAAAUCAAAUUCCACCUCCUCCUCAAGAUUCUCUCCCAAUAUGGUCAUUCCAUUUUCACACGUCUCCUUUUGGAAAUCAAUCACAACCUUAUAACAUCCCUAAAAUAGUGCAAAUAUACAAUCCCCAAAACCUGCAACCCAAUAUCAAGGAAAAUCCUAUUGCUCUUCAACUCCAGCAUUUCUCCGGUUCUUACGGCUCCAUUUCUCCGUGCUACCAUCAACAGCAGCAACAGCCUCUUCAGAACUAUCAUCAUGACCCCCCCAUGUUUUUUGAUGAUAUCAGUCCGUUAGAAUUUCGUAGUGAAUCAAAAGGUGGUCUCAUCAACACGAAGAUUGAUUUUGUUCUAGAUAAUCAGCCGCCUAUCAAUGAUCAGGUGUGCUUCAAUUCUACAUCUUCAAUGCCUUAUUUAGAUAGCAGUAAUGGUUAUAGCAACCUGAUGGAGUAUAUGUAUGUUCUCAGUGGGCCCGAGUCCUUGGCAGAAGCAACAUGUGUUGAUCUAAACCCCAAUAGUCUGCUGCCUGGCACAUUUCCUUCCCUAGAAUUUGUCUAGAUAUAUAUUUCUUGCUAUUUCAGCUGUAUUUCUCUCUCAUUUCUUCCAUCCAUAGUUGCUGAGCUGAUGCAUGCUACAUAAAAAAAUAUAUAUAAUGAAUAAUGAAGAAGAAUAUUAAUAAGGUGCAGUGCAAUUGACAGCGAGAGGUGCAUGAUACAUGGGGAUACUAUGUUAUUGCUACUUUUGUGGAUUAAACGUAAGUAGUAUGGCUAUAUGUAUAGAGCCAACAAUAACGGGAAGCUACUUUUGAAUUUGUAUCUAAAAGUUUUUAUUAAAAAGUUACUG